AUGAUCGCAAAUGCCCCCGAGGAGGCAAAGAUGAUGGUUCGGAGGAGGAUGGCGAAGGACAACAACUGUCUUUUCCAUUCUGUGGGCUAUCUUGCAGAAGGGAGGCAGGGCAGUAUAUGCUCUGAACUUCGAGCGGCUGUAGCUGAGCACGUUGCUCAUGACCCGGCGAUCGAUGAAGUUCUCUUGGGAACGAACGUGCAAGAAUACUGCCAAUGGAUCAAGAAUGAGAUGAACUGGGGAGGGGAGACGGAAAUCUACAUCCUGGCGAAGAAGUACAACCUUGAGAUCAUUGUGGGGACUUGUCUGCGUUGGAACAUGUCAGAGAGGCUGACGGGCGAGAAUCGUGCUGGAAGGAUCUACAUCUUAUACACAGGACAACAUUAUGAUGCGCUCGUCGGUGUAAAGGAAGAAGAUGAUCUGCCAGAAGCCGAGACGAGAAUCUUUCCAGCAGGGGAGGAAAAAUUUGAUGAGCUUGCGAUCAAAGCAGGAGAUUUCUGUUACCAGGAGGAGCUGAAGAGAAAGUCUGUGCAGCUGAAGAAGGUUGAGCACGAUGACGAUUUUAUGUACGAGUGUGAUGAAGUAGAAGUCGAAUGUCAAUCAGCGAAUGAGGAUGAGAUGACGGAGAAGUAUCAUAUCUUUUACAAUACUGACAGCGAUCCUCUCUCAAACUACUUUCUCUGCGAGCUCAAUGUAGACGGACAGACUUACAAAUCAGUGGAGCACUACAUUCAGUGCGUGAGGUAUGCUCCUCAUGUUGGGCUUGUCAACACGAUUCAGAACGCAAAAGAUGCUUUUGAGGUUCUGGAUAUCGUUGCACAGACAGAGUGCGGAGAAGUAAGUGGUUGGGACAACAUGAAACAAUCCGUCACGAUGAAGGGCAUGCGAGCUAAGUUCAUGCAAAAUGAUCAGGCGAGAGAAGCAUUGUUGAAGUCAGGAAAGAAAGACAUCUUGCUGGUUGGCGGAGGGACAUGGAACGGUGUGCAAGUGGAAGGCGAGGAAAUCAUCGGCAGGAAUGUCGUCGGGCGGGCACUGAAAGAUCUGAGAGAAGAAGUCGAGAAACGAUGA